AUACUACACUGGAAUACCUAUAUUAUUAUUUGCCUUUUUUUCGAAAAGGAAAGGUUUUGAGUUGAUGUUCGAGUAUUUUUGGUAAGACGGAGCGGGCUCGUCCGGUGGGACAAGAUGUCAGUGAACGAGCUCUUCACUCAGUACACCAGGGUGUGGAUCCCAGACCCAGACGAUGUGUGGAAAGCUGCAGAGAUCAUCAAAGACUACAAGGAGGGGGACCCCAUCCUGCACCUCAAACUCGAGGAUGAAACGCCUCUGGAGUACCCCAUCGGGCCCAAACACAACCAGCUCCCCUUUCUACGGAACCCUGAUAUCCUGGUGGGAGAGAAUGACCUCACCGCACUCAGCUACCUCCACGAGCCAGCCGUGCUGCACAACCUGCGUGUGCGCUUCCUGGAGUCCAAUCACAUCUACACCUACUGCGGGAUUGUUCUGGUGGCCAUUAACCCCUACGAGCAGGUGCCCAUAUAUGGAGAGGAAGUCAUCAACGCCUACAGCGGCCAGAACAUGGGGGACAUGGACCCCCACAUCUUCGCUGUGGCUGAGGAGGCCUACAAGCAGAUGGCCAGGGAUGAGAGGAACCAGUCGAUCAUCGUGAGCGGCGAGUCGGGGGCGGGGAAGACGGUCUCGGCGAAAUACGCCAUGCGCUUCUUUGCCACGGUCGGUGGGUCGGCCAACGACACCAGCGUGGAGGAGAAAGUGCUGGCCUCCAGCCCCAUCAUGGAGGCCAUCGGGAACGCCAAAACCACGCGGAACGACAACAGCAGCCGCUUCGGGAAAUACAUCCAGAUCGGCUUUGACCGGCGGUACCACAUCAUCGGAGCCAACAUGAGGACCUACCUGCUGGAGAAGUCCCGGGUCGUCUUUCAGGCUGAGGACGAGAGGAACUACCACAUCUUCUACCAGCUGUGCGCCUCCGCAGUGCUCCCAGAUUUCAAAGACCUGGCCCUGACCAGCGCGGAGGACUUCGCCUACACCUCCAUGGGCGAAAACAUCUUCAUCCCUGGCGUGAACGAUGCUGAAGACUUUGAGAAGACCAUGCAGGCCUUCACUAUGCUGGGUGUGAAGGAGAGCCACCAGCUCAGCAUCUAUAAGAUCGUGGCCUCCAUCCUGCACCUGGGGAAUGUGGAGAUCCUGUCGGAGAGGGACGGGGAGUCCUGCCACGUCUCGCACGACGACCCCCACCUGCACCACUUCUGCAGGCUGCUGGGGGUGGAGCUGGAGCAGAUGGAGCACUGGCUGUGCCACAGGAAGCUGGUGACGUCGACGGAGACGUACGUGAAGAACGCGUCGCGGACGCAGGCGGCUAACGCGCGCGACGCGCUAGCGAAGCACAUCUACGCCCAGCUCUUCCAGUGGAUCGUGGAGCACAUCAACAAGGCCCUGCACACCACCUCCAAACAGCACUCCUUCAUCGGCGUGCUCGACAUCUACGGGUUUGAAACGUUUGAAAUUAACAGCUUUGAGCAGUUCUGCAUAAACUACGCCAACGAGAAGCUUCAGCAGCAGUUCAACUCGCACGUGUUCAAGCUGGAACAGGACGAGUAUGUGAAGGAGCAGAUUCCCUGGACCCUCAUCGAUUUCUAUGAUAACCAGCCCUGCAUCGACCUCAUCGAAGCCAAGCUGGGAAUCCUGGACCUUCUGGACGAGGAGUGCAAGGUGCCGAAGGGGACGGAUCAGAACUGGGCCCAGAAGCUGUACGGCAAGCAUUCGAGCAGCGAGCACUUCCAGAAACCCCGCAUGUCCAACACCUCCUUCAUCGUCAUCCACUUCGCCGACAAGGUGGAGUACCAGUGUGACGGCUUCCUGGAGAAGAACAGAGACACGGUGUACGAGGAGCAGAUCAACAUCCUGAAGGCCAGCAAGUUCCAGCUGGUGGCAGACCUGUUCCAGGACGGGAAGGAGGCGCCCGCCCCCACCACGACCAGCAAGGGCACCCGCAUCAACGUGCGGCCCGCCAAACCGGGCCUCAAAGCCCCCAACCGAGAGCACCGGAAGACCGUGGGCCACCAGUUCCGGAGCUCUCUGCAGCUGCUGAUGGAGACGCUGAACGCCACCACACCUCACUAUGUGCGCUGCAUCAAACCCAACGAUGAGAAGGAGGCCUUCUCGUUUGACUCCAGGCGAGCUGUGCAGCAGUUGCGUGCGUGUGGAGUGUUGGAGACUAUCCGCAUCAGUGCCGCUGGCUACCCAUCCAGGUGGACGUACUCGGACUUCUUCAGCAGGUACCGGGUUCUAAUGAAGAAGAAGGACAUCUCCAACGCGGAUAAGAAGGUGGUCUGCAAAACGCUGCUGGAGACUCUGAUCAAGGAUCCAGACAAGUUCCAGUUUGGGAGGACCAAGAUCUUCUUCCGCGCGGGCCAGGUGGCGUACCUGGAGAAGCUUCGGGCCGAUAAGUUCCGCGCGGCCUGCAUUAAGAUCCAGAAGACGGUGCGAGGCUGGCUGCAGAGGCUGCGCUACCGCAAGAUCCGCAAGAUGGCCCUGACCCUGCAGCGCUACGGGCGCGGCUACCUGGCCCGCAGGCACGCUGAGUUCUUGCGGCUCACUCGCGCCGCCCUGGUGUGUCAGAAGCAGUAUCGCAUGGUGCGGGAUCGCCAGGCGUUCCUGCACACCAGGCAGGCGGUGGUCACCAUCCAGGCCUUCGCCAGAGGCAUGUUCACACGCAGGAUCUACCAGGAGUUCCUGCUCCACCACAAGGCCACCAUCAUCCAGAAGUCGGUGCGCGGCUGGAUGCAGCGCAAGAAGUUCCGGCAGGCGCGGAACGCGGCGGUGGUGAUCCAGUGCGCGUACCGCCGCCUGCAGGCCCGCCGCCGGCUGCAGCAGCUGAAGAUCGAGGCGCGCUCCGCCCAGCACCUGAAGAAGCUCAACGUCGGCAUGGAGAACAAGAUCGUCCAGCUGCAGAGGAAGGUGGACGACCAGAAUAAGGAGUACAAGACCCAGAACGAGCAGCUGUCCCUGGCUAACACAGCCCUGAACACCGAGGUCGCCAAGCUACAGAGGGAGCUGGAGAGCAUGCGCAGUCGCCAGGGAGACGGCAAUCAGCUCACCUCCCUGCAGGAGGAGCUGGAGAGGCUGAGGGCGGAGCUAGAGGAAGCACACGCCCACAGGAAGCAGCUGGAAGAGGAGUACAGCAGCGAGAAGAAGGGCCUAGAACAGAGAGUCGAGGAGCUGGAGCGAGAGAACUCGCUGCUGAAAAAGGAUAAGGAACAGAUGAACAAGAGAAUCCUCAUCCAGUCCAAAAGCACAGAAGACCAGGAGAGCAGCGUUUCUCAGAAAGAGGCCAGUUUUCGGACGGAGCUGGACGAGGAACGCCUACGAUACCAGAACCUGGUGAAGGAAUACUCCAGACUGGAGCAGCGAUAUGACAACCUACAGGAGGAGGUCGCUCUGGCUAAGUUCCAGCCGGGCCACAGGAGGAAUCCGUCCAAUCAGAGCAGCCUGGAGUCGGACUCUAAUUACACCUCCAUCUCCACCUCUGAAAUAGGAGACACAGAGGACUCCAUUCAGCUGGUGGAGGAGAUGGGUCUGGAGAAAGCGGCGAUGGACAUCAGCGUGUUCAUGAAGCUGCAGAAGAGAGUGAGAGAGCUGGAGCAGGAGAGGAAGAGGCUGCAGGCCAGCCUGGACAAGGCCGAGGAGCUGGCCAAACGCAAGGGAUCAAUCUCCCAGGGAUCAGAGCACAAAGGUUCCGUGUCGGACCAGGACUACAGCUCGGAGGCGGCGUACGACAGCCUUAAGAGACAGGAACUGGAGUCUGAGAACAAGAAGCUGAAGAAUGACCUCAAUGAACUACGGAAAACCAUGGUCAACAACGCCUCCCAGGGCAGCUCGUCCAAUGAGCUGCAGGAUGGCUACAACCUCCUGCUUAACCAGCUCAAGGCAGCCAAUGAGGAGCUUGAAGUGCGGAAGGAGGAGGUCCUUAUUCUUAGAACCCAGAUCGUCAGUGCCUCUCAACAGAAGGAGGCAGAAGUUCUUGCAAAGGAGGGCAGUGAUGUGUCUGGAUGGACCAACAGCAACAAGCAGGUGGAGAAGGACAAAGACGUGCAGGGGAACCACAGUCUGAGCGAAGCCAAGAAGGCUCAGGACUGGGGCUAUCUGAAUGAAGACGGUGAGCUGGGUCUGGCUUACCAGGGCUUAAAGCAAGUCGCCAGGCUCCUGGAGGCGCAGCUGCAGUCGCAGGCGCGGAAGCACGCGGACGAGCUGGAGGCCCUGCGCACGCAGAACGAGCUGCUACGGCACGAGAUCGAGAAGCGGCAGGAGGAGCUCGCCCAGAUGCAGGCGCUGCCUCCCGAGGCGCAGGUGGAGUUCAGCAUCCAGCAGGAGUUCACGCGCCUCACCAACGAGAACCUGGAUCUUAAGGAGCUGGUGGAGAAGAUGGACAAGAACGAGCGCAAGCUGAAGAAGCAGCUGAGGAUCUACAUGAAGAAGGUCCAGGAGCUGGAAGUGUCCCAGGCGGCCCUGCAGACGAGCCGGGCCCGGCCCGAGCUGACCCGCCAGGUGACGGUCCAGCGCAAGGAUAAGGACUUUGAGGGCAUGCUGGAGUACAGCAAGGAGGACGAGCAGCAGCUGGUCAAGAACCUGGUGACAGAUAUGAAGCCGGGAACGGUGUCGGCCACAGUGCCCUGUCUUCCCGCCUACAUCAUGUUCAUGUGCAUCCGCCAUGCGGACUACAUUAACGACGACCAGAAAGUGCACUCCCUGCUCACAUCCACAAUCAACGCCAUCAAGAAGGUUCUCAAGAAACACAACAAUGACUUUGAGAUGACCUCCUUCUGGCUGGCCAACACCAGCAGGCUCCUGCACUGUCUGAAGCAGUACAGCGGGGACGAGGCGUUUAUGACCCAGAACACGGCCAAGCAGAACGAGCACUGUCUGAAGAACUUCGACCUGGCCGAGUACCGGCAGGUGCUGAGCGACCUGUCCAUCCAGAUUUACCAGCAGCUGGUGCGCGUGGCUGAGGCCAUCCUGCAGCCCAUGAUCGUGUCGGCCAUGUUGGAGAGCGAGAGCAUCCCCAGCCUGGCGGGGGUGAAGCCCAUGGGCUACCGGAACCGGUCCUCCAGCAUGGACUGCGAGUCGGGCGGGCCGGGCGGCUACACGCUGGAGGCGCUGAUCCGGCAGCUGGGCCAGUUCCACAGCACCAUGGGGGCCCACGGGCUCGACCCCGAGAUCAGCCAGCAGGUGGUGCGCCAGAUGUUCUACUGCAUCAACUCCGUCACCCUCAACAACCUGCUGCUGCGCAAGGACGUGUGCUCCUGGAGCACGGGCAUGCAGCUGAGGUACAACGUCAGUCAGAUGGAGGAGUGGCUUCGGGGGAAGAACCUGCAGCAGAGCGGGUCUGUGGCCACCAUGGAGCCCAUCAUUCAGGCCGCUCAGCUGCUGCAGGUCAAGAAGAAGACCUCCCAGGAUGCAGAGGCCAUCUGCUCCCUCUGCGCUUCUCUCACUACACCACAGAUCGUGAAAAUCCUCACCCUCUACACGCCGCUCAACGAGUUUGAGGAGAGAGUCACUGUGUCCUUCAUCAGGACUAUACAGGGUCAGUUGCAGGAUCGCAAUGACAGUGGUCAGCUGCUGGUGGACACUAAGCACACCUUCCCUGUGCUGUUCCCCUACACCCCCUCCGCCCUCAGUCUGGAGACCCUACACAUCCCCGCCUGCCUCAACCUCAACUUCCUCUCCCGAGUCUGAGGCAUUCUGUCCGUCUGUCCAUCUGUCUGCCUGAACCAGAGAGAGCCCAGCCCCACAGCUCUGUCUCUCCACCUCGGCCAGAGUGGGCCAAAACCCUGGGAUCUGUCUGUCUGUUCGUCUGUCCGUCUAGCAACCUGAGAGCCCAGCCCCACAGCUCUGUCUCUCCACCUCCACCAGACUGGGCCAAACCCCUGGGCUCUGUCCGUCUGUCCAUCUGUCUGCCUGAACCAGUGAGAGCCCAGCCCCACAGCUCUGUCUCUCCACCUCCACCAGACUGGGCCAAACUCCUGGGAUCUGUCUGUCUGUUCGUCUGUCUGUCUGAACCAGUGAGAGCCCAGCCCCACAGCUCUCUCUCCACCUCCACCAGACUGGGCCAAACCCCUGGGCUCUGUCUGUCCGUCUGUCUGACUCAACCAGAGGGAGCUAAACCCAUGGCCCUGUCUGCGUGUUUGUGUGUCUGUCUGUGUCUGCUUUCUGAGGGUGCAACAGCCCUUAAGAUGAUUGACAUAAAUCAGAGGGGUAACCUCGUCCCCAGUGGGGUGUGCUUCUCUGAACUGGGCAGAACUCUGCAGGACCCCAGUCUCCAAAGCUUCUGUCCCAUCCUUUCUGCUCGCCUAUAGCCUCUCAGCUGGGCCAUGUCAUAAAGACCUAGCGCCAGGGUCCACGACCAGAACCAGGACCAGGACCAGGGCCAGAAUCACAACCAGGAGUCCACGACCUUUCAGCCAUCUGCAUAUCCCAGAUAGCACAGCUCCAUCGCCAUGACAGCAACACUAAAUGUCUAACUGCCCCUCCUGAGGAGCGACCCUUCGGAUCUCCCGCCUGUCCUGCCCAAAUCUCUGGAAUGCUUUUGGGAGGAGGGUGCCGGUUACUCUUCUCUGGGGGCCCGUGUCCUGUCAGGCAGUGGAUUGAGGAGUCACUUAUUCGCCUCAGUGCUGCUGGGUUCAGGUUCUGAAGAUUGAUUAUUCAUGCCUGAUGUGCUCUUUGGGAAGAGUGAGUCAAUCCUGAUGGAGAUUCUGGUGAUUCUUGGUACUGGACAACUUUUUUCUCUAACAACAAGCACUCUUUUGCGACAGAGAUUUUCCUCCUGCCUUUAUUAUGGUGAAGCUCUUUACUUUCAGGGUGUCUGUACAUAUCUGAGUCUUUUCCUGAUGGAGAUGAGAGCUGUCACUGGUGUGACCUGAGAACAGGACAGGCAGUUCCUGGGUGUGGCUUUGGCCUUGUGACAUCACUGCUGACAUCACAAUGUGUCUCGGCACAGCACACCUUAAAGCAGAGAAAGUGAGGACAGAAUGGAUCGAGAAAAAAGGGAGAAAGAGGAAGAGUGGAGAAGAGAGAGAGGAUGGGAGACAUGGAGUCAGAACGAGGGAGAAAGAGAAAGGAGAGAUGGAUUGAGAGAAAAAAGUGCAAAGAGGGAUGAAUGAAGAUGAAAAGGGAGAGUGAGGAAUAGAUGAAAGAGGGGAAGAGAAAGGGGAGGUGGAGAAGAGAGACAGACGGAGAGAGGAAGAGAAGACAGGGGGAUGAGGAGAGAACGGGAGGGGGAGAAGUGAGAGAGAGGGAUGGGGAGAGCCAGUGCGGAAUGGAGAAAGUGAAUAUCAGCAGGUGAGACUGGAAGGUUGCGUGCCCAUGUCAGCACAGCAGUCUAAUACAGCACCAGCACUGCACCAGAGCCAGGUUAUCUGUGAGUACAGACCAGUCACAACAGCCUUUGAUUUCAAAACGACUGAAGAUGCAGACUCAUUUUUCAGAUGCUGUACGAUCGCAAUCGGAAGCCGUUUUGUCAGAAAGUUGCGUCUAGCGCGUUCUGCGGUUCCUCCAGGUAAAGUGGUCAGGUGAGAGUGAACAGAGAACACAAGCUGUAUCCCAGCAGCUCAGAAUGGUAACCUGUCCUGAACCUGAAAGGUAUGUGAGAGGGGUGUAGUUCUAGUGUAGGUGAGGACUGUACCGCUCCUUGGUCGAGCUAUAGAGACAGCAGAACCACUGUUAUGUCUUUGUCUCCUGCUGUACAUAGUCCAUUCAGGCCAUGUCGCUGUUUUAAAUCUCCACAACCCCAUAGGGUGAUGGGUGUUCAGACUCUGUGUUGCUGGAUCUUAGUGUGGGUGAACUGGUAUCAGUCUUUCAGAUUCUGAUCACAAACGGGAACCGGGGAAACCCUCUUCUUUCAUUGCUAAUGAAGUGCAGCAUCUACCUUUAAAAAAAAAAAAAAUUUUACUUGAUUUUAUUUCACAUUAAAUUUAUUCAGACGUCGAAAUGUACGUUUGAUAUACAAUUUUUACUUUUUUUAUUGGGGAAAGGGACGGGGCUGUCUAUCGUUAAUGUUGUGAGUGUCAUCCUGUCUGAGCUCGUUUCGCCCUUUCCACCCCUCCGUGUUCAGGAGUGUAGUAACUCAGAAAUGAGACAGAUUGUGACAUUAAUUUUCUUGUUAUGUGCUGCCACCUGCAGUCAGAUGUGUGGUAAUGCACAAAAGUGAGGAGCCAGAUUAAUUCAGAAUGCACUCCACUGUGUCUGAGGGAACGGACACCAGAGCAAUAUGAAACACUCGUGCACUCACGUGCGCACACAAGCAUAUUUCAUAGACAGUAUGGAGUAGAAUAUUCCAGUCUUAGAGUGUCAGUGCACAACUUUUAUUUGCCAAAACGCGUGUCUUAGAAAAGGCCUUAAAGUUGAGGGUUACGUGUGCCAUAACUGCACCUGACACUGUUUCUCUUUACUUUGCCUUCAUAAUGCUGCACACUGUAAAGAUGUGUCUGUUGCUGUAGCUCUUUCGCGGAGCUGUGGCCCUGUAACGGCGGUUUCACAUCAUUUGUCUGCUUCCUGGUCUCACCUGUCAGUUUUGCCACCACUGUCAUUUCUUUCAGUGGUACAGGGUGGUGUGUGUGUGUGUGCGCGUCCUUGCGUACGUGUAUAAAUAUUUAAAAUGAAAAAUGUUGUGAAUUUGAAAGGUGCAUAUGUGGUAGGGAGCCGUCAGUGAAGGCUGGGGUGAGAUUUAUAUGAUUUUAAGAACCUUAUUAUACCCGAUUUAUGCUAAUCAAAAUGGAAAUAAUUUUACUAUUUGAACAAAGGUAUAAACUGCACAUUGCUGUCUAUGAAAAAUCCAUUAUAUCAUAAAGUUGAAUACAACAAUGGAAAUAAAGGCUGAUUUUUUAAAAAUA